UGAACCUGUGGCUAACUUGGCACUGUAAGAUUUAUGCAACAUUCGCAGUUCUGCUCCUAACUCUUAUGAAACUAAACUGCUGCGUCCUACAGCCAUGACGCUUUGAGCUUCCUCUGCCUGGUGCCAUUCCCCCUCUGUCUGGUGCCAUUCCCCCUCUGCCUGGUGCCAUUCCCCCUCUGCCUGGUGCCAUUCCUCCUCUGCCUGUUAACCUCUCCCUCUGCCUGGUACCCUCUGCCUGCAGGGUCGUGCCAUGAGGUGAGGCCAGUGUGAAGGCAUCAUCAUUUUCAUCACUAAACACACAAGGCUGUCCCCAGUUCUCCAUAAUGCAGUUAGAGGCCCAGCUCCGCUUAUGUCAGACCUGUCUGUGGUGCUACAAGGGUGGCAUACGAUUGUUAUCUCAGAGUCGCAUACACAGAAAAUCUCUAAACCAUUAUGAACUUUUGGGAGUCAAAUCAGAUGCAACCUUGGAGGAAAUAAAAAAUGCUUUUUUUGACAUAUCUAAAAAGGUGCAUCCAGACAGGGACCCCUCUAAUCCAGAGCUCCACAGCCAGUUUGUGAAGCUAAACGAGGCCUACAGAAUUCUGAGCAAAGAUAAAAGCCGAAAAGAGUAUGACCUAAAGCUUAGACAUCCAUACAAUGCUCAUCAGACUUAUGGAUCUGACUUUAAAUACACACAUCCUGGAAACAAAUUCAGUUCAGAGGCAAAUGAAAAUCAACGUUAUUGGGAACAGUUUCGUCAGUCUAAUGCGCAUAACAUGUCAACAGAAGCAUGGCAGAAGAGGAGGACCCAAAACCUGCGUGUGCUAGGUUAUUGCAUUAUUGCAAUGGUGUUGAGUGUUGGGGUUCAUUACCUCCUAUUCAGAAAAUUGGAGGAAAUCCAUACUAAUUAUAUGGAUGAGAAGGACAGAGUUAUAACUGCAAUUUACAAUGAAGCAAAAGAACGAGCCAGGGUCAACAGCUUUGAAAAGCAGAGAGAAAUUCUCAGCCAGAAGCAUGCUGAGUUUUUAGAGAAAUAUAGAAUGCGUCGUGGUGGAGACGAAUAGUAAGGGUCCAUGACACAGGUGUUUUAUGACAAUAAAGGAAAUGGGGGGUUGGUUGAAUUGUGCCCCAGUUGUGUAGUGGACUGGUGUUUACUUUCUUUACUUUAAAGAUUUACUUGCCCGUUGGCUUUAUUGGAACGGGCAUGUGUAAAUGUAAAUGGAGUAAAGAGUAGGGAGAGACAUUUAGCAAAAUCACGGUUGUGAAUCAGUCUCACAACACUGAGGCUACCAUGUGUGCCUAAAUCUCCAAGCAUAUGCUGGUGGGGAUUUUAACUCUCAUUGGAGGAUAAAAGUUAUUUAUAUUAUAAACGGCAAGGCUGGGUUUGGCUUUUUCUGAUCUUCAUUGGCUUUGUUGUUAGUGACUCGGCGCAAGAUUGUAAAUAUAUAACAGUGUUGUGUUGUUCAGAGCAAGUAUUUAUACUGUUGCCUUUCUGACUUUGGAUUUAAUAAUCAAACAAAUAAAACGGUUGACACCUAUU